UACCCGACUGUAGGACGUCGCGUAAUAGGUUGUGCAGCCAAUCUGUUUGUCGCUCUCGUCUUUACUGUGUGGUUUAGUAUGUUAAAGCAGGUUACCGGUGUGUCGGAGGCUGUGAUGGACCGCUGGAGAGGCAGAGUGGCUCUGGUGACCGGUGCCUCGGUCGGGAUCGGUGCUGCGAUAUCCAGUGAGCUGGUCCGGAACGGUAUGAUAGUGAUGGGCUGUGCCAGGGACGUCGAGAAAAUACAGAAACUGGCAGCCGAGUGUCAAACCGCAGGCCACAGUGGUGUGUUGGUGCCUUUCAAAUGUGAUUUGAGCAACGAGGAGGAGAUUCUGUCCAUGUUCUCUGCUAUCAAAGCGCAGCACAGAGGUGUGGAUGUGUGCAUCAACAAUGCUGGCCUGGCUCAUCCAGAGUCGCUGUUAAAUGGCAAAACCGAUGGCUGGAAGAACAUGCUGAAUGUCAACGUUCUUGCGUUGUCUAUAUGCACCCGUGAAGCAUAUCAGUCAAUGAGAGAAAGAAACGUUGACGAUGGGCACAUCAUAAACAUAAACAGCAUGAGCGGACAUCGUGUCAUUCAGAGUGCUUUUACACAUUUCUACUCCGCCACCAAGUACUCUGUGACAGCCCUGACCGAGGGCCUGAGACAGGAGCUGCGUGAGGCCAACACCCACAUCAGAGCCACAUGUAUUUCUCCUGGUUUAGUGGAGACAGAAUUUGCUCUGCGGCUCCACGGAUACAAUGCUGAAAAAGCUGCUACUGCGUACUCCAAAUAUGAGCCUUUGAAAGCAAUAGAUAUUGCAAAUGCUGUUACGUACGUCCUAAGUGCCCCUCCCCAUGUGCAGAUUGGAGACAUUCAGAUGCGACCUGUGGAGCAGGCGGUGUAGUGUUGCACCAUGUGAUGAGUUGGUGUACCAGCAAAUUCUUCAUCUGACUUUUGUAUGACAUUCGUGAAACAAAUUACUUUAUCUGCUCAUGGAAUAACUGGUUUCAAAGUUCAUGCUGUAAUUUACACUUAAAGAAUAAAAUGUCUGAAUUGAAGAUUCAA